AUGGCUUCCCAACAGGGACGCGCGAUCUUCUUCAGGGAUUUAUCGCUUAUUCCUCCAAAGGGAACCACGCAAGCGGACAGAAUACCCGAUGAUCUACCUGAUACUAUUCCCGGCUUGCCAUUUCUACUGAGAGGAUGGUCCGACUUCCCAAAAUGGGAGUUUCAGGUCCGACUGGUACUUGAAAACCUUGGCUUGCAGGACCUUGUCGACCGUGACCUUCCGCGCCCGGAAGAAAACCAUAAAAACUUCGUCAGAUGGCAUAGCUGCUCACAACGCCUGCAGAUAUGGCUGACUAGGCAGCUAUCUGAUGAAGUUAUGGAAGCAUUUGUGUCAUCUGUCGACGACAGGGAUUUUGCCGAUGAAGCAUACAAAGUGAUAAGGAGGAUUGUACUGGGGCACGGCGUCGUAAGAUGUCAGAACGUCGCGUACAAACUAGUCAGAAUGACGCGUGCCGAUUAUUCAACCGCGGAGCAGUACAUUGAAGAUUUCAAAAACAUCUACAAACUCGCCAAGCAACUCCAGUGCGGCCUACCUCCGUUUACUGCUUCACUCUUGAUGCUCAGAGAGAUCUUUCAUGACAUUCCUACCUGGGUGACAAUGAUAGAACAAGCGAUGCCUGCCGACGCGGGGAGCGCCUAUACAGACAUUGAUUUCUUCACUCUUUGCAGGAACGCGAUCGAACAAAGCCAGAGGUGA